ACCAGUUGGCUACUGAGCUAUCAGCCAAAUUCAGUAAUGUUUUUACUGUGAUGCCUUAAUUGACACACUCAUUUACUUCUGACAAUAGAAAAAUUACAGUUUUUUUUUUUUUUUUUCCCUCAUAACCUUAAACAGACUUUCACCUCUGUGGACAUGGAAGUGGGAAAUCACACGAUCCUGACUGAAUUCAUCUUGAUGGGCUUCACAGCAGACACCCGGUUACAGCUGAUUCUAUUUGGAAUAUUUCUGAUGGUCUAUUUGAUGACCUUGUCAGGGAACAUGACCUUGGUUAUCUUAAUCUGGAUUGAUUCCCGUCUUCACACACCUAUGUACUUCUUCAUACGCAAUCUGUCUUUUCUAGAUCUCUGGUACACCUCUGUGUAUACCCCCAAAAUCAUAGUUAAUUGUGUCUCAGAAGAUAAGCGUAUUUCCUUGGCUGGCUGUGGGGCCCAGGUGUUCUUUUCCUGUGUUGUAGCCUACACUGAGUGCUAUCUCCUAGCAGCCAUGGCGUAUGACCGCCACAUGGCAAUUUGUAACCCCUUACUCUAUUCAGGUACCAUGUCCAGUUCUCUCUGUACUGGACUAGUUGCUGGCUCCUACAUUGGAGGGUUCUUGAAUGCCAUAGCCCAUACUGCCAACACUUUCCGCCUGAGUUUUUGUGGUAAGAAUAUCAUUGACCACUUCUUCUGUGAUGUACCACCAUUGGUAAAAAUGUCCUGUACCAAUACAAAGGUCUACGAAAAAGUGCUCCUGGGUGUGGUGGGCUUCACAGUCCUCUCCAGCAUUCUUGCCAUCUUGAUUUCUUAUUUCAACAUCUUUCUGGCUAUUCUGAGGAUCCACUCAGCCACAGGAAGACGUAAAGCCUUCUCAACCUGUGCUUCCCACCUGAUCUCAGUCAUGCUCUUCUAUGGAUCCUUACUCUUCAUGUAUUCAAGGCCUAGUUCCACCUACUCCCUGGAAAGAGACAAAGUGGCUGCCCUGUUCUACACUGUGGUGAACCCAUUGUUCAACCCUCUCAUCUACAGUGUGAGGAACAAAGAUGUCAAAGGGGCUUUGAGAAAAGCAUUACAAACCAUACGACAAUGAGGAUGAAAGUCAUCAUUUAUCUUCUUAAUGAAUGCUCUUACUGUAUUUUCCAAAUCAUUGACUUUUAGAAGUGUUUGAAAAUAUUGAUCUAUUUCAAUUCAAUUCCAUUAAAUCUAUUAAAGUUGGAUUUAAUAAAAUACUAAGUAAACAAUGCCUUAAUUUUCAUUAUGUUGUUGUUUAGGAGGUGUUUAGAUUAUAAAAAAGAAUGUCUACCAAACUUUCAGAGAAGAGUUAACACCACUACUACUAAAGGUAUUUAAGAGCAUAGAAAAGGAUGGAAUACUCCCAAACUCAUUCUAUGAAGCCACCAUAUCCCUGAUACCAAAACCAGGUAAAGACACCACAAGAAAAGAAAAUUAUAGACCUAUGUCCCUCAUGAAUGUAGAUGCAAAAAUCCUCAACAAAAUUCUAGCCAAUAGAAUUCAACAACAUAUCUAAAAAUAAUUCACCAUGACCAAGUAGGAUUCAUACCAGGUAUGCAGGGAUGGUUCAACAUUAGAAAAACAAUUAAUGUAAUCCACCACAUAAAUAAAACAAAAGACAAGAAUCACAUGAUUUUAUCAAUUGAUGCAGAAAAGGCAUUUGACAAAGUUCAACACUCAUUCAUGAAAAAAACUC